UCAGUGCACAGUCUGUGUGUGGUAGAGCGCGCGGCGGAGGAACUGGGAGCCCAACGGCAGGCUGGCGGUGUUGUUCACGACGGCCGACAUUUUACGGUUUUUUUUAUUUUAAAAAACUAAAAAUUAACCGGUUUACUCGGCCAGCAACCGUCUCUGGACUUACCGGGGGUGAUUCGCGCUACGCUGCUGGAUCUAACGCGGGCUUUCUUUGAAGUUGUCUGCGGUCAAACAACUCGCCCCAGUCGAGGAGGUUUCCAGCGUCCGGGCGACCGACGGAGCGAGAGGAACCGGGACGGAGACGCCGCUCUCCGCUUCGGGAUCACCCGGGGUUUAAAAGCACUCUGAAGGGGGCCCAAAGAAGAAGCGACGACCGACAUUUUCUGCUCUUAUCAGUCAAGGAUAUUAAGCCGUUUUCGUGGAUACUGUUUUUUUGUACCUGUGCAGAGGAGGGGAGGAAUCAGUCGAGACAAAGGUACAAAGGAAGGCCGGGAGGUGAUCCGUCCAGCGGUAGGGGUCUGACUGAGCGCCUCGGAGCCGAAAAAGAGGCUUUGUCUGCCGCCAUCCUGCGUCCGUACCGGGGGGAGGGGGUGGCGGUGAUUUAGCGCACCUUCACCGGGAUUAACGGAGUGAAAGGAAGGGAGAGAACACGUAGAUUCCCCCCGAGGAAAAACGACUCGACAUGUAUCCGCAAGGCCGGCAUCCGGCACCUCACCAGCCAGGACAGCCUGGCUUCAAGUUCACGGUGGCAGAGUCCUGUGAUCGGAUCAAAGACGAAUUUCAGUUCCUGCAGGCCCAGUAUCACAGUCUCAAAGUGGAGUACGAUAAACUAGCCAAUGAAAAGACGGAGAUGCAGCGUCACUACGUCAUGUACUAUGAGAUGUCCUAUGGGCUCAACAUUGAGAUGCACAAACAGACUGAGAUUGCCAAACGCCUCAAUGCAAUUCUGGCGCAGAUCAUGCCAUUCUUGUCACAAGAGCAUCAACAGCAGGUGGCUCAGGCUGUUGAGCGAGCCAAGCAGGUGACGAUGACCGAGCUGAAUGCUAUCAUCGGGGUACGUGGACUUCCCAAUCUGCCUCUCACUCAGCAGCAGCCGCCUCAUAGUAUCUACCCAGCCCUCAUGCAGCAGCAGCUCCAGGCUCAGCACCUCUCUCACGCUGCCCACGGCCCCCCAGUGCAGCUGCCCCCUCACCCUUCAGGCCUGCAGCCGCCCGGCCUCCCCCCCGUGACAGGCGCUGGCUCCGGCCUGCUGGCUCUGGGCGCUCUUGGCAGCCAGGCCCACCUGCCUGUAAAGGAUGAGAAGAACCACCACGACCUGGAGCACCGAGGCCCCUCAUCUUUUCACUCGCCUCUGGCCAUUCUGAAAGAACGCGAGUCGAGCACGAAUAACUCGGUGUCGCCAUCAGACAGCCUGCGGGCAGCGAGUGAGAAGCACCGCGGUUCUUCAGACUACGGUCUUGACUCAAAGAAACGCAAAGUGGACGACAAAGAUAGCAUGAGCAGAUAUGACAGUGAUGGAGACAAAAGUGACGACCUGGUGGUGGAUGUUUCUAACGAGGAUCCAGCCACCCCUCGAGUCAGCCCGGCUCACUCUCCUCCUGAGAACGGCCUGGAUAAAUCACGAGUCCUGAAGAAGGAUGCUGCCCCCAACAGCCCCGCCUCUGUUGCCUCCUCGGGCAGCACGCCGUCCUCCAAAGCAAAGGACCACGCCCAUAAUGACAAGUCAUCCACACCAAGCCUGAAGUCCAACACACCUACACCAAGGAAUGAGGCGCCAACACCAGGAACCAGCACCACUCCGGGACUACGGCCUCCAACGAUGGGAAAACCACUGGGCAUGGAGGCAAUAGCUGCCCCGGCCCUGCGUACCCCUCUGUCCAUCGCAGGUUCUUACGCCACUCCAUUUGCCAUGAUGGGUCACCAUGAGAUGAACGGAUCCCUGACGAGUCCCGGCGUCUAUCCGGGUCUCAUUUCACCUCAGAUGAGCGCUGCAGCCGCUGCCGCCUACGGACGCUCACCAAUUGCGGGGUUUGACCCUCAUCCUCACAUGAGAGCUCCAGGCCUGCCAGCCAGCCUCACUUCCAUUUCUGGAGGAAAACCAGCUUAUUCCUUUCAUGUAAGUGCUGAUGGUCAAAUGCAGCCCGUGCCCUUUCCUCCUGAUGCACUGAUCGGCCCGGGCAUCCCACGCCACGCUCGCCAAAUCAACACGCUGAGCCACGGGGAAGUGGUCUGCGCCGUCACCAUCAGCAACCCCACACGUCACGUCUAUACCGGCGGCAAAGGGUGUGUCAAGAUCUGGGACAUCAGCCAGCCGGGCAGCAAGAGCCCAGUGUCCCAGCUCGACUGUCUGAACAGGGACAAUUACAUCCGCUCCUGCAAGCUGUUGCCUGAUGGCCGCACCCUCAUAGUGGGUGGCGAGGCCAGCACGCUGACCAUCUGGGACCUGGCCUCGCAGACUCCCCGCAUAAAGGCCGAGCUCACUUCCUCCGCUCCUGCCUGCUAUGCUCUGGCCAUCAGCCCUGACGCUAAGGUCUGCUUCUCCUGCUGCUCCGAUGGAAACAUUGCCGUGUGGGACCUCCACAACCAGACCCUCGUCAGGCAGUUCCAGGGCCACACAGACGGAGCCAGCUGUAUCGACAUCUCCCACGACGGGACCAAGCUGUGGACCGGAGGCCUCGACAACACCGUGCGCUCCUGGGACCUGAGAGAGGGCCGCCAGCUCCAGCAGCAUGACUUUACCUCACAGAUCUUCUCGUUGGGCUACUGUCCCACUGGGGAGUGGCUCGCUGUGGGAAUGGAGAGCAGUAAUGUGGAGGUUCUUCACCACACCAAGCCUGACAAGUACCAGCUGCACCUGCAUGAAAGCUGCGUCCUCUCACUUAAGUUCGCCUACUGUGGUAAAUGGUUUGUGAGCACAGGGAAGGACAACCUGCUGAACGCCUGGAGGACUCCUUACGGUGCCAGCAUCUUCCAGUCGAAGGAGUCGUCCUCCGUCCUGAGCUGCGACAUCUCGGCAGAUGACAAAUACAUCGUGACAGGAUCCGGGGACAAGAAGGCCACCGUCUACGAGGUCAUCUACUGAGUCCUGCUCUGCUCCAGCACUUCUACUGAGACGACGUUUCCUUUUCCUCUCACCAACCAUCUGUGGACUACAGCAGAUUUCUCAACCUGUUUUCACGGAGACUGGAGGCGCUCUCUGCCUGAGGAAGCUUCUUCUGGAACAUAGUUAACCUUUUUUGUCCUGAUAUUGUGGAGGGUUUAUUUUUGGGUUGCACAUUUUCGUGACUUCUGAAUUUUUUCUUUCUGGAAUAUUUGUGUGAAACCCGUUGAAGCGGCGCUUCAUUUCUGAGGAACUCAUUGCCCAGACGUCUUGUGCAAAGUGUACAUACUGGAUUACAUAGAAGACAUUUUAUAUAUAUUAUAAAAAUAUAUAUAUUUUCAUGUCCUGGUUGUACUUGUGAUGAUUUUUUUGGCCCACUCUGUCUUAUGACCAUGAUAUACGAGUGGGAGAUCAGAACAUAGAUUAGAACUUUUUAACAGUUUUACUCUUUGAUUUUAUUAAAGCACAUUCUGCAGCUGAUCUUUUCAGAAAUCAAACUUGAGGAGCACGAAAUUUGUAAACAAGGAUGCUUUGUGGAAAUUUUCAGAUGGCCUUUUGUUCAGUGCUCUUACCCGAGGAUGUGGUUGGAUGUGGAACUCAGAGCCUCUGGCUGCUUCAGACCGCCGUGGGACGCUGUGAUUCAGGAAGAGAGAUGGAUGUAAAUUUAAUUCAUAUAUAUAAAAGAAAAACAUUUUAAAGUGUACUAAGUGGUCUGUCUGUGCUAUCUUUCUCCCCGUUUGUUUUACUUUGUUAGAUUCUGGGAGGUAGGGAACGUUUAGCCUAACCCUUGGACCUUAGUUGGCAGCAGAAGCACGGCAACGGACUGAACGACGAUGUGCUUCUCGCUACAUAACGUGGAUUUUGAAUCGCUUCAUUGAUUUCUUGGCGACAGACUGAACUCAAACAGACCAAUCUGCACUAUUGGAACCCCUCUGCCCGUUGUAUCUUAUCAAUAUUCCAGGAACAUGUGUGGCUGGCCGUGACGCCGAGGCAGACAGACGUUUGACCUGAUCGACGACACACAUCAGUGUGUCUCUGUAAACGCCUGAGAGGAACGGCACUGAGAUGUAAACACAACAAGAAAUACUCCCUUUAGCAAAUCAGACGCGAGUACAGUGAAUAAUUGUGGUUUUACACUGUGCUCUCGAUCCUGUCAGCAUUUCCCACCAGAAUAUAAAAUGGGUGAAAUGCACCAGUCCCUCUGAAUCACACCAAAGUAUGUAGCAAAUGCUGUCAGCACUGAAAAGAAAUGUACAGUUGUUAAUAAAUCAAUAAAACUGUUUUUCUAGAA